CCACACAUAAAAAAAGCUUCACGUCACUUCUCUACAACUACACAACUCUAUAAACCAUAAUCUUUUUCAGUCUUCUAUUGUAAAACAAAAACAGAGAAAAUGAAAACAAAGCAAAUCAAAAUGAAGUUCUUCGUACUAAUUGUGGUUUCAGCUUUGAUUUUCCGACCAUCCGAAGCUCAGAUGAAGAUCAAAUCGUGGAUAUGUUCAAGUGAACAGAUAGCACCGAUAGUAAACGUGAGUGGAUGUUUCGAUGCGUUGAAAUUAGCGUUAGCUUCGGAUAAAAAUAUCAGAUUGCUAUCAAGAGACUGUUGCAAUGCAGUGAAUAUACUUCCUCACUGCCUUUUGGUUGUAGCUCCCGACGAAAGUUACAAUACUUUUAUCUUCAAAGACUUUUGUUCUCGAAGGUUCAAUGAAACAAAAAUCAUGUAACGAAAGGGGAUUCUUAUUUGUACUAUGUAUUUUUAAUGAUAAAAUAAAAAUGAAUCAGAUAUUCUGAUA